UGCAGCUACUGGCCAAGGCCCCUCUGUCCUUAGCCAGCUUCUUCUUGCCCACUUUCCACUGCCUCUGCUUCCCUUGUGAUGAUUUGUUUCCAAAUAGACACAUGGAAAAGGAACUACUGUUGCCCAUAGGCCACUGCUUUUGUUUUCACCAACCCUUCUGUGUCUGUGGUGUUACAGCUACAGACACAUCCUCUCCUUCUAUCCGGUCAAUUUGGGUUACGAAAAUCAGUGGUUCAACACUGAAACAUGGACUCUUCUACUGAAUCUGCGGCUGAGGGCCUGCGCCAGAGGAAUGCCCCAAUUCACGCUAAUACUCAAGAAGAAGCUAGACAGGCAGUCUUGGACCUCAAUGCUGCCGAGGAAAAAUCCGACAAGCAGGAAGAAGACAGAAAGACUUUCGGUCGCACGCCAGAUGGAACCGUGUUUACUGUGCCAACCACACAUGACAUGGUGUCGCAAUUGCUCUCACCCACUGAGCCCAAGAAUCGUGGAGACCUGGUGGUCCUCUUCAUUCUUCUGAUGCAUAUCAUCCUGGCGUGGAUUCUUCCUGGCCCAUAUCGAAGACCUACCCUUGCGGCCUUUUUCCUAUUCUGGAGAGCGGGCUACAACAUUGGUAUCGGCUACCUUCUGCAUAUGCAAUCUCACCAUAAAAUGCUUGUCCGAUGGGCACGCAGAACUAAGAUAUUUCCCAGCGCCUCGAACGGUGAGAAUCCUCAUCCGAAAUUGAGAGCCUUUAUCAAACGCGAACUCGAGACAAAGAUCCCGAGAGACUACAACUUCGACACUGCUCCCAUUGAAUACAAUACCUGGUUGGUGUUCCGCCGUUUCGUCGAUCUCAUCUUGAUGUGCGAUUUCGUUACAUACAUGCUCUUCGCGGUGGCGUGUGCUCAUCGUCCGAUCGGAGAAUCAGUCCUUAUGACGGCCUUUCGUUGGAUCGGCGGCAUGUCCCUCUUUGUCUUCAAUUUGUGGGUCAAGUUGGACGCCCAUCGGGUAGUCAAAGAUUACGCCUGGUAUUGGGGUGAUUUCUUCUACCUGAUCGAUCAGGAAUUGACCUUUGAUGGGGUUUUCGAAAUGGCCCCUCAUCCCAUGUACUCGAUAGGAUAUGUUGGAUACUAUGGCACCUCCCUCAUGGCCGCCAGCUACAAAGUACUCUUCAUCUCAAUUAUCGCUCACGCUGCCCAAUUCGCUUUCCUGAUCUUGGUCGAAAGCCCGCACAUCGAGCGUACCUACAGCUCUCCACCGCCACGGAAAUCUGUCAACCAAUUGCCGAUAGCAGCAAACGGAGAAAAGAAUGCGACUGACUUGAGUACCACCGACGAUGUCUGGCCCCAUCCAGCCCAUGCGCAACCAUCCCAAACGCACAAUCUCCUGGGCAUAAGCAACAUCGACUUCUAUCGAACGACCGACUCUGCCGUAUUCGUUUUGCAAAUCUACAUCUUCUGCUUGACCAUGCUCACACCAAACACCACAUUUUACCAAGCGUUCUUUGUCAUCAACGCUGCGAUCUGGCGGAUCUGGUAUUCCGCUGGCAUUGGAUAUCUGCUUAAUAGGCAGUCUUCCAGGAAGAAGUGGACCAGACAUUUUCUCAAAUACGGCGAGAGUACUGGUGAGGCAUGGAGGCAGUGGAAGGGUACCUAUCAUCUCAGCAUGACCCUCUGCUAUGCUUGGUUUGCUGCGGCAGCAUGGAAGAUGUACACGAUGCCAACAAAUUGGGAUUACGGUCUUGUCCUCUUGAAACACGUCAUUGGCUUGGGGUUGAUUGCUCUUCAAGUAUGGGUAUCCUUCAGCAUCUACGAUCAGCUCGGCGAGUUCGGAUGGUUCUUUGGAGAUUUCUUCUUCGAUCACUAUCCCAAGCUGACAUACGGCGGCAUAUACCGAUUCCUCAACAACCCGGAACGAGUACUCGGGCUGGCCGGUGUCUGGGGUGUGGCUCUUAUCACUGGCAGCAAAGCGAUUUUCUGUCUGGCGCUGCUCAGCCACACCCUGAGCUUAGCAUUCAUCCAGUAUGUCGAACGACCUCACAUGCAGAAACUUUAUGGUCGUAGUCUCCGACAAGAUGCCGGACUGGUCAGAAGUCUUCGCAGAUCACUGCCACCGCCUCUGCGACAGUGGCAGGAUGGAAUGGACAAGAUGUUGGACGAGACCUUCGACUACCUCGACGACUUCUUCGAUGCGGUAAGACCGAAGCUGGCUGCAGGCGUCACCAGCAUCGUGCAGGAUGUCAAGGACAUCAUCCCUAAGCACACAGCUCGCAUUACCAUCACAAAAGUGGAACCCGAGGUCGUCGGUCUCAACCCAAAGGACUACAAAUUAGAAAUCGAAGGCACGCCCGCAUCUGCCUUGGUUGACUCUCAGCGCUCGAGCGACAAAGAGUCGGAAAUGGCCAGGACGCCUGUUCAGCAUACAGCCGGAGAGAAAGCCCUCCUUUUCGAGUACGGUGCCCCGAUCAAAGUGAAAUGGACAGCGCCUCUCAAUCACGGAAAGAAGGACUGGGUUGGGCUAUACAUGGUCACUGACAAUGCCUCCCGCGAAAUUACCACCAUAUCAUCGUCGGGACGAUGGGUUGCCACUAAUCGCCACGAGUACGACUUACUGAACUCCGAGAAAGGCAUCAUCUCAAGCAACGUCAAGUCGACGACCAAGGGUGAAGAUGGCGCCGAAAAAGAAUGUAUGACCGGUGAGAUGAUUUUCUCUGGAGACAAGCUCUGGUGGACACAAGGUGUGUUUGAGUUCCGCUACCACCACAACGGCAAGCACAACGUGAUGGCGAUUUCACGGCCUUUCGAGGUCCACAUCCCGCGUUUCAGCGAAGAUGACCUUGAAGGCUUGGACAACGACACCUCGUCCACGACUGCCAUGUUGACGCAGAAUGACGUCUUGAUCAGACGAUCCAUUGAAAGCACACUUCUCCCUAUCGUGCAGAAUUGUUUCGAUCGCGAUCCCAACAUCGCGCCCAGCACUGCUUCAGAGCCAUUUGGAAGCCUUGUCGAUCGAGAUGGCAGGUAUGCUAGGAGAGUUGUCUACGCCAUUCAUCACAUGUUUGGAAUCGAAUUUGCCCCAGAAGUUGUCAAAGCGGAUGGCAAGGUAGAGAAUUUAGCAUGGCGGAUAUGGGAGGCGAAGAAAGUCUUGGCUCCGUUUAGUAUGCGGUCCAAGGGAACGAGCACGCCGAUUGAAGGAGACCGUUGAGUCUGAUACACGUUAAGCGGGACAGCGCAUUGGUUGGUGUAUGUUGGUUUCCGAGCACAAAAGCGUUUUCAUUUCUUACAGCAUACAUUCAGAAAGUGACGCCGGG